AAGCCGAUUUCUCCUUGGCAACAAGAGAUACCCCCGCCUGCCGCCCCCCCUUCCUUUUUCCUUCUGGUUCUGAACGUGAAGCCCGGUUGGAAACAGGUCUCUUGACCCUCGCCCUUGACAUUCAAAUGGCUGAAUGGAGGAGAGAUUGCUACUCGCACGUCUUGGGCGCCGCUCUCUCCCUCUCCCUCUCUCUCUUUUUUCAAAUGAGUAAUCCCUGAAGAUCUUAACCCCCCAAUUUCAUCACCCUCGGCUCCCCCCUUUAUUUUUCUCUCGCAGCCCUCCGCGCUCCCGCCUGCUUCCCUCCGCCGCGCUCCCCCUCCUUUUUUAUUUGCAUCUCAAGUCCAAAAGGCAGAAAAUACACACGCGGCGAAGACACCCGGCAGCCGCGAGGCUCCGGCCGCUGCUCGGCCGUCAAUUACCUCAUUGUGGACCUGCCAGGGCCAAGGUGGCCGAAGCUGCCCGGACGCUGGCUGGAGCGCGAGCCUUCUGACCAUCCCGGGGAGGGAGACGUUUUCAAAAGACUGAGCUGUUGUGUUUUUUUUUCCACCGCUCUCAGGAUCGUUCUUCUGCCUUUAUUUUAUUGUUUUGGACAUUUUUGAGCGCCGUGGCUUGGACGGCGCUUUUUGUCUCCUUGCUGGGUUGUAAUCUUAUCUUUUCCUUCUUCAUCCCUCUCUGGCCACUAUGGAAUUCUAAUUUGAAUCAUGUUUGGAUUGAAGCCGCCUCUGUAUUACUUACCAGGGUCUUCACUGAGCAGCGAGUCGUCCCCCGUGUCCUCCCCGGCCACCAACCACAGUUCCCCCGCCAGCACGCCCAAGCGCGUGCCCAUGGGCCCCAUCAUCGUGCCCCCCGGGGGCCACAGUGUCCCCAGCACACCCCCCGUGGUCACCAUCGCCCCGACCAAGACCGUCAAUGGCGUCUGGAGGAGCGAGAGUCGGCAGGAUGCCAGCUCUCGGGGCAGCAGCGGUGGUCGCGAGCGUCUCAUUGUGGAGCCGCCCCUGCCGCAGGAGAAGGGGGGCCCUGCCAUCGCCUCCCACCUGCUCAGCUCCCCCUACCCCUUUGGCAUCUCUCCCAGCUCGGUGGUACAGGACUCUCGCUUUCCUCCACUCAACCUCCAGCGCCCGGUGCACCAUGUGGUCACCCCCAGCACGGUGACCGAGGACUACCUGAGAAGCUUCCGGCCCUACCACACCACGGAGGACCUCCGCAUGUCCUCGCUGCCCCCCCUGGGCCUGGACCCGGCCGCCGCCGCCUACUACCACCCCAGCUACCUGGCCCCGCACCCCUUCCCGCACCCGGCCUUCAGGGCCGAGAAGCUGAAGGACAGCAGCCUGCCGGCGCCCAAGCCCGUGCAGCACCCCUUGCACCCGGCGCCCACGCCCCACCACGCGGUGCCCAGCCUGCUCUCCGGCCACACCGUCUUCCCGCUGCCCGGCAGCAGCGCCGCGGCGGCCCUGCUCAUCCAGCGCACCAACGAGGAGGAGAAGUGGCUGGCGCGGCAGCGGCGGCUGCGGCAGGAGAAGGAAGACCGGCAGUCGCAGGUGUCGGAGUUCCGGCAGCAGGUCCUGGAGCAGCACCUGGACAUGGGCCGGCCGCCCGCGCCCGAGGCGGAGCACCGGCCCGAGAGUGCCAGGCCGGCACCGAACCGUCACGAGCCAGGUGGCCGAGACCCCCCGCAGCACUUUGGCGGGCCCCCGCCCCUCAUCUCACCCAAGCCCCAGCACCACUCCAUGCCCACGGCGCUCUGGAACCCAGUGUCCCUGAUGGACAGCACGCUGGAGCCACGGCGGGCCCCCGAGAGCCACCCCCUGCACAGCCACCCGGCCCCAUUUGAGCCAAGCCGCCCGGCCGCUGUGCCACUGGUGAAGGUGGAACGGGUCUACUGCUCAGAGAAGUCGGACGAGGGGUCCAGGAAGCGCGAGGCCACCCCCCUGGACAAGUACCAGCCGCCCCCCCGGGAGGCAGGGAGCCUGGAGCACCAGGGCUUCCCUCACGGGCCCGGGCCCUUCCUGGCUGAGCUCGAGAAGUCCACCCAGACCCUCCUGGGCCAGCCGCGGGCCUCCCUCACACAGCCGCCUGCCUUUGGGGAGCUCAGUGGGCCCCUGAAGCCAGGCUCGCCCUACCGACCCCCGGCACCACGGGGCCCUGACCCUGCCUACAUCUUCGACGAGCUCCUGCAGCAGCGGCGGAGGCUGGUCAGCAAGCUGGACCUGGAAGAGCGCAGGCGGCGAGAGGCCCGGGAGAAAGGAUACUACUACGACCUGGAUGACUCCUACGACGAGAGCGACGAGGAGGAGGUCAGGGCCCACCUCCGCUGCGUGGCUGAGCAGCCACCCCUCAAGCUGGACACGUCCUCCGAGAAGCUAGAGUUUUUGCAACUUUUUGGCUUGACCACCCAACAGCAGAAGGAGGAAUUGCUGACCCAGAAGCGGAGGAAGCGGCGGCGGAUGCUGAGAGAGAGAAGCCCGUCGCCCCCGACGGUCCAGAGCAAGCGGCAGACGCCCUCGCCGAGACUGGCGCUGUCCACCCGCUACAGUCCCGACGAGAUGAACGACAGCCCCAACUUUGAGGAGAAGAAGAAGUUCCUGACCAUCUUCAACCUCACACACAUCAGCGCCGAGAAGAGGAGAGACAAGGAGAGGCUUGUUGAGAUGCUGCAUGCCAUGAAGCAGAAGGCCCUGUCGGCAGCAGUGGCAGACUCGCUCAGGACCUCUGCGAGGGACAGUCCUGCCGGCUCCCUGAGCGAGCCAGCCGCGCCGGCCUCCCUGGAUCCCGAGAAGCCCGUGGGUGUCGCCGCCUCCCUGUCUGACGCCCCGAAGGCCACAGAGCCGGGGCGACUGGAGCAUCUGCGGCCACCGGACUUGGCCGGCGGCGAGAAGGCCAGGCUCAGCGAGGCGCCCGGGGGCAAGCAGGGCGCGAGCACGCCCCGCGGCGUCCAGGGCCCGGCGCCCAAGGACUCGGCCGUGCCGCUGUCCCACAGCGUCAACGGGAGGAGCAAGCCGUGGGAGCCCUUCAUGGCGGAAGAGUUUGCACAUCAGUUCCACGAGUCCGUGCUGCAGUCCACCCAGAAGGCCUUGCAGAAGCACAAAGGGAACACAGCGGUGCUGUCUGCAGAGCAGAACCACAAGGUGGACGCAUCCGUCCACUACAACAUUCCCGAGCUGCAGUCCUCAAGCCGGCUCCCCCUGCCCCAGCACAAUGGACAGCCGGAGCCCCCUGCAGUGAGGAAGGGCCCCCUCACGCAGGAGAUGGACCAGGACUCGGAGGAAGACGACGACGACGGAGAGGAGGAGGAGGAGGUCCCCAGGCGCAGGUGGCAAGGGAUUGAGGCCAUCUUUGAGGCUUACCAGGAGCAUAUAGAAGAGCAAGACCUGGAGCGGCAGGUGCUACAGACGCAGUGCCGGCGGCUGGAGGCCCAGCACUACAGCCUGAGCCUCACGGCGGAGCAGCUCUCCCACAGCAUGGCGGAGCUGAGAAGCCAGAAGCAGAAGAUUGUCUCCGAAAGGGAGCGACUCCAGGCGGAACUGGAUCACUUACGGAAGUGCCUUGCGUUACCUGCAAUGCAUUGGCCUAGGGGUUACUUUAAGGGAUACCCGAGGUGACGGUUUCCCUUCACUAGGCUGAACCUAUAGUAUAGAAAUAUUCUCUAUUUUAUUACCUUGAAUAUUUAAUAUUUUUCACUCGGAGGUUUGAAGCUUACAGAAACGAGAAUGUGCCAUGCAUGAAGCAAACAAUUCCAGGCUCCAGAAAAAGAACGGCCUCCCCGGACUCCCGCGCGUCGCCCAGCGCGCCGACUCCCCUCGUAACCGGCAAGCAGCCCUGCAGGACGCCGCGUUCUUCCUUUGAGAAGCGGUUUUCUUUCUUCCCGCAUUUUCUGCCCCUGCAAAGGAAGGCUCCUUCACCAACACUAACCUUCGCCGCGGCAGCCCCUGGCGCACAGGGUCAGGGCCCGGCCCGCCCGCGCCGCCUCCCGCCCCUCUGCAAAAUCGCCUGCAAAGCACCAGGCCCCAGGAGCACACACAAAGCGACGGUCCUGAGGCCUCUCCCGGGCGCGUCCCGGGACACGCUCACGGAAAGGCCGAGCACAGCCACAGCCGAAGGAAGCUCUUACCGCGUGCGCCGCCAGCGUCCUGCGCAGGGGCCGUUCCAUACAGCGUACAUUUUGAGAGAAAAGUCAAAGGUGCUUCAGCCUUGUACUGUGUAUAUAUAUUAAAAACAAAGUUUUGUAUGUUUUUAUUACUUUAAUUAUUGUUAUAAAAAGCCUGCCAUUUUUAAUAUGUGGUUUGGGGGGAUUUUUGUUUGUUUGUUUUCCUGUUAGGGGUUUUUUGUUUCUUUUUGUUUUCCUGGGCAAAAAAAAAAAAACUUGCUUUUAGUGUUUGUACUGCUGCUGGUCAGGACAUUAAAAUAUUGAAGUGUUUUUAAAAAUUAAAGGAAAAGAAACCUUAAAGAGCUUGCCACUGCGCCUAUGCGAUACUUCAUUUUGAGCUGCACCAGGACACACAGAAAGCCAUGCCUUACUUACCUCCGCGGCUCCUGCCACCGGGGGAGUGUUCAUCCAGACCGGGGGUGGGCCUCUGCGGGCCCUUCCCAGACGCAGGGCAGCGGGAAGCCAGUCCUCAGGUGUCCACAGCAGUGAGGCCAGGCGCAGCGCAGACGAGCCUCGGCGGACAGCCACGUGGCCCUGCGUGCCUGUGAGCGCUUCUCCAGGUAGGGUGGUCCUCCCCGGCCCACAGGGCCCGGAGCUGCCAUGGAGGGGCAGAGAGAAGGCCCAGCCCCUUCCCCUUCGGCCAGGCCAGGGCGGGCUGGCUGACCUUGUGGAGGCUACUCACUGUGACCGGUGGCUGUGCCUCAGCCCCAGACCUUAGCUGUGCAGAACAGCUUGCUGGCAGAUGGCCUUGUGUCGCUUUAUCUGUUCCCACAGUUUGCUUUGUAUGUCUGCCAAGAACCUUCCAGUUAUUAGCAAACUCAGACAAAAAGUGCCGCCAGUAUUAUCAGCAGUCAACAAGCGCCUUCCUCUCCACAGAAAUGUCUUGAAGAAUUAAGGGCUGUUCCGUGGGCCGCCUCCCCUGCAAAAACAACACGUUCCACAGGUAGGGGCAGGAGUGGAGAGGGCACGCGACGGUGUAUUUCCUCGAGGCAGGUUUUGCCGUUUCUGGCCUGCCAGCUCCAGAGUCCCACUCUGGCACUCUCUCCCAGCCCUCCUCUGCCACAAACCCCUGCAAGAUUUGGCCAGUCAGCUGUGGCCUUGGCUGAAACACCAAGUAACCUGAUGAGCUAGCGAGCGAGCAGGGCCCCGGCCCUGGCCGGCUGCGCGUGGCUCCUGUGCUUGGGCGUCAGCCCCAGGAGCGUGGGGCGCGGGCUGCCGUGCCUCGCCAGGAUGUGGCUGCGGCAGUAACUUGCCACAGAAUACUACCACCCCUGCCCCACUGCCCACCCCUGUGGGGGCUCUGAAUAGGCCCGGGCUCAGUAAGUAGUGAUCAGACAAUCAGACUCAACCUGUAAGGCAGCGUGAGUACCUGUGAAAGGUGAGCGCUUCUGAGAACAAAAGCUAGCCGAGACCCAGCCCACUCUUGGUAUCUUCCCUCCAAGAGGGGUGUAAUUUGAAAACACUUGUUUUCAGAGGGUUCUGAGGGAAGGUACAAGCCUGAGCCCUCCAGUGUGGGCCUGAUGCAAGCAGACACGAGAGCUCCGAAGCUCUGUGUUCAGCUAUUUCCCUUGAGUUGGAAAGACGAAGUCCAGAAGCGCACCCCGUUUUUGCUCUAGAAAGAACAGACCACACCAUCUUCGUGUCAGUAUUCCCGUGAAGACCUCAGUCCCUCGUGACCUCGUGUCUUCCUGCCACAUCUGGGGAGAGUCACUGCUGCUGCUGCUGUCCUCGGAAGGGGCUUCACGGCCUGGGGCGCAGCCAUGUGCCACCAGGCCGAUAGACAGGCAGGCAGCGCUCCCCCCAAACCUGGCGCUGCCCCCUGCUCACUGGGGAAUGAGUCUGUAGGAGGGGCCAAGCUGACACCCUGAGUGUCCCGCUCUCCAGCCACUGUCUCAGGCAAGGAUCAAGAGAGGGCAUCCCAUGGCGCUAAAGGAAGUGAAACACGUGGCACUAACACCCUCGUAGGCGGCACCCUCACGGGAAUCCAAAGAGUACCCGCGGGAGCCCGCCUGGACCCGGCGGCCUCGCAGCGCCUGCAGCCAGCUCCCAGAACCACAGCGAGCAGCAAAGCCAACACCCCUUUCCCGCUGCCCCUUGUGUUGGCAAGCGUAGAAGGUUCCCAGAUCCACCACAAGAUGGAGACAGCACAAGCCGGUCCCGUUCCCUAGUGUACAGUAGCCGCGUAGCGACCGCGUGCGAGGCGCGAGCGACGCCCUCCUACUUACGGUAGCUGUCCCCAGCUUCUGACCCAGCGCUUCACUUUCACUCCUCGUCUCUGCGUGACCUGCGCGCCCACGCGCACUGGCUCUUCCGCUGUAUGUGCCCGCGCUGACGAGCCAGAGCAGGAACCAGGGAUGGUGCCUCGGUCACUCUGGGGGCAGUUUAGAUGCUGUGAAAUUAAACCUGUUCUAAGUGUACUUGUUUGAUUUAACUGUAUUGUAAUAUUAUUUGUUGAAUGUAGUAAUUAGGUAUUUAUGACUAUAUUGCUGUAAUUUUUGACAACACCCAAAAAAUAAAA